UCCAGCAGUUGUCGGCUGAUGACACUGACGUGGAAGUUGAUCGAGUGAACGACUAGAACUGCUUCAUUGGCGGUGCAGGAAGUGAGGAACUCCGUCGAAAUGGCGCAGUACCAAACGUACGCGGACUUCAUUCAACAGCAGGAAGAUCGGGACGGUGUACGCCUUUCGUGGAACGUGUGGCCCUCGUCGAAAAUCGAUGCAACUCGACUAGUGGUUCCGGUUGGAGCUCUGUUCACUCCUCUGAAGGAACGAACAGAUUUGCCGGCGAUCCAAUACGACCCCGUGCUGUGUACAAAUCAGAAAUGUCGAGCCAUCCUCAAUCCGCUCUGCCAGGUGGAUUACCGGGCGAAAUUAUGGGUGUGCAAUUUCUGUUUCCAGAGGAACCAGUUCCCUCCGCAAUACGCGGCCAUAUCCGAACAACAUCAGCCGGCGGAACUCAUCCCGCAGUUCUCGACGCUAGAGUAUACGAUAAGUCGUGCACAGACGCUACCUCCGAUUUUCAUAAUGGUCGUCGACACCUGUGUCGAUGACGACGAGCUGACAGCCCUCAAAGAAUCGCUGCAGAUGUCGCUGUCACUUAUGCCUCCGAACGCGCUCGUCGGCCUGAUAACAUACGACAAGAUGGUUCAUGUUCAUGAGCUGCCGGCGAACUGUGUCGCCAGGAGUUACGUGUUCCGAGGGACGAAGGAUAUCGCUGCGAAGCAGAUCCAGGACAUGCUCGCCAUCAACAAACCGAUGGCCCAGCAAGGCCCUCAAUCACAGCCCCAGGUCCGGCCUCCGGGUGCUCCCCCACCGAUGGGACAUCCCCAACAACAGGCACAGCAGCAACCGGCCGCACCGCCCGCAAGUCGAUUCCUUCAGCCAGUCCAGAGCUGCGACAUGGUCCUGACGGACCUUCUGGACUCUAUAAAGAAAGAUCCCUGGCCCGUGACGCAAGGCAAGAGACCUCUCCGAGCCACUGGAGUCGCCCUCUCGAUUGCCGUAGGUCUGCUCGAGGCGGCGUACCCGAAUACCGGUGCCCGUAUCAUGCUCUUCACUGGGGGAGCGUGCACCCAAGGUCCGGGCAUGAUCGUUUCCGAGGAACUGAAGAUGACCAUCCGGUCCCAUCACGAUAUUCAGAAAGACAACGCGAAAUACAUGCGGAAAGCUCAGAAACACUACGAGGCUUUGGCGCAGAGGGCUUCCGCCAACGGGCACGCCAUCGACAUUUAUUCGUGCGCCCUCGAUCAGACAGGUCUGCAUGAAAUGAAGACGUGCGCGAAUUUGACUGGAGGACACAUGGUUCUGGGGGACUCUUUCAACUCGAGUCUCUUCAAACAGUCGUUCCAGAGAGUUUUCACCAGAGACUCGAAAGGAGAACUCAAAAUGGGCCUGAACGCCGUCGUCGAAGUCAAGACCUCGAAGGAGCUCAAGAUCUCUGGCGCUAUCGGAAACUGCAUUUCGAUGAAAUUGAAAAACUCCAACGUGUCCGACACCACCACCGGUCUCGGCGGAACCUGUCAGUGGAAGAUCUGCUCCCUAUCGCCGAGCAGUACGCUAGCCGUGUUCUUCGAUGUCGCAAAUCAACACAAUAGCGGGAUACCACAGGGUGGAAGAGGCUGCAUCCAGUUCAUCACGCAGUACCAACAUCCCUCGGGUCAGAAGCGGGUGCGAGUGACCACGAUCGCCCGUAACUGGGCCGAUGCGACCACCAACAUCCAGCAUGUCACAGCUGGCUUCGAUCAAGAAGCGAGCGCCGUACUCAUGUCCCGUAUCGCUUGCUUCAAAGCCGACGAGACCGAGGAGGGUCCCGACGUUGUGCGUUUCAUCGAUCGGACCCUCAUCCGGCUAUGUCAGAAGUUCGGGGACUUCCAGAAGGACAGCCCUGAAAGCUUUCGAUUCCCCGAUAACUUCUCGUUGUACCCUCAAUUCAUGUUCCACCUCCGUCGAUCGCAGUUUCUGCAGGUCUUCAACAAUUCACCCGACGAGACGUCAUUCUACCGUCACAUGUUGAUGACCGAGGACCUCACGCAAUCGUUGAUCAUGAUCCAGCCUAUUCUCUACGCAUACUCUUUCCAAGGACCCCCGGAACCCGUGCUGCUGGAUACGUCGUCGAUUCAGCCCGAUAGAAUAUUGCUGAUGGACACGUUCUUCCAAAUCGUCAUAUUCCACGGCGAGACCAUCGCGCAAUGGCGGAGAGCUAAUUACCACAAAUCACCCGAAUACGAAAGCUUCCGGCAGCUGUUGCAAGCGCCGGAAGAUGACGCUCAAGAUAUCCUGCAGAGUCGAUUCCCGAUGCCCCGAUACAUCGAUUGCGACCAGGGCGGGUCCCAGGCUCGUUUCCUUCUCUCGAAGGUCAAUCCUUCCGUGACGCACAACAAUGCGUAUUCCUGGAACGGUCAGGGUGAGGCCAACAGUGCGCCAGUGUUGACGGACGACGUCUCGCUACAAGUGUUUAUGGAGCAUCUCAAGAAGCUCGCGGUGACAGCUGCCAGUUAGCCGCUGCUAGAAUAUCCUUUUUAAGAAAUCUUUAAUUUUUGAAGAUCAUGGUGGCAAUCAAAGUCGAAUAUUGAUCGUAUCCAGAUGGUGAUCCGUAAAUUAUAAUAAAUUUGUUCCCUGGACCUGAAAA